CCAAGGAGAAGUCUUCCAAACCUGCACCCUUCCACUACCAUGGAGACUUCCGAAGGCAAGGAGGCUCCAAUGGAGGAUUGGAGCAAUAUUGGCGCCGGAGAACCGGCCGGAUCUCCGAGAGGAGUCUUCCCGGAGCUGUGCUCUCCAUAUCCGGUCCAGCUGACAGUGUGGUGCAGGUCGCUGCUCUUCAAUGGCCAUGGCUACACCGUCUUCGAUGACUCCGAUGGUCGGAUGGUUUUCCGGGUUGAUAACUAUGCGCAUAAUUGGAGGCAGGAGGCAGUGCUCAUGGAUCGAGCUGGGAACGUCCUCCUCACCAUCCGGCGGUGUCGAAAGAUUUUAAACUUAAUGGAGAGUUGGGAGGCCUACAAGGGUGAUAAAGAUGGUUUAGGUAUGGUUGGACAUCAGAGGCCCCUAUUUAAGGCCACAAAGGAAUUGGGCGCUCCUAGUUGCACGGUAUCAAUGGUACGCACAAGAGGAAUGGAGCCAUUAGGUUACAGAAUGUGCUGGUCUCGACAAAACGAAUGGUCCAAGAUUUAUGAGGCUGCUGCUAAUGCACCACUUGUCGCCGAGCAUUAUAUCUGCUUGGUAGGUUAGAAGAAAAUAUGGUGCUUCCACGAAGACAUUACUCGAUAAAGAUGUUCUAACCCUGAGGGUGCAGCCCUGGAUGGAUCAAGCUAUCGCAAUGGCUAUGGUCAUGAUCCUCAAUUCGAUGAGAUGAUUGAGACCUCCAAAUGUAUAUAGUGGUUUAAUUCCCUUGUUCGCAAUUGCCAUUAGACAAGAGCCAACAGCAUGAUCGCCUUGAGAUAUUUUGUGCACAAGGCCUAGAAGCACCCCAAGACUUUGGUCGCACCAACUGAUGUAAUUGACGAAAGAAAGGUAAUGCAUUCUCAUUUUUAUGAAUUGGGUUCGAAAACCUUGAAACUCACAAGUGCAAGUGGAAAGCAAGCAACAUAGAAGCUUGGCAUGGAAACCAUUUAAGGUGUUUGAAUCUCUCAGCUGCUCUUAUUCACUAUGUAAGCGUUGGACACCAGCACCAUGAGAAACACAUGGCAUCUAAUAGUCUAGGAUUCCCAUGAGGCAAUGACGAAGCCAAUUCUAGAUUCUUAUCCUACGAUGGCGAGAGAAAAAUGUUAAUAACGUGAGGGAUUUCAGAUGUGAGCGAAAAAGUCCCCUAAAGCCUUAUGAGGUGACAAAUGUAGAGGACAACCUUUUUAUCUUUUUCUCUACCUUUU